CGUGGUUGGGACAUAGCAAGUAAUGGAAGAGAAAAUCUACAACAUCAAAAAAGCCGCUUGAGCUUGAGGGCCAAAUUUGAUGAUCCCUGCUUUUCGGAUGGGUUUGUGAGGGAAGUUUCAGCUUCAUUUUCCAUUUAAUUUCCUCUAUAAAUUAACAAUCCCAAUCUUAUUGUUCAAUCAUCACACCAAAAAAUUCGAACACCUCACUUGACCUCCACUUUAGUUCCCAAUAAAAAGUUCCUUCCUUUCCCUACAAAUUAACCUAUAUGCUUUUCUACCUUACAAGUAUGAUAAAGUUUUCAGAUUUGCUUUGCAUUUCUGGGUGAGCCCAUCAGGUUUGAUACAAUUCCAUUCUUUCUCCAUUUCAACUCAUUUGCUUUGGAUGAAAACCACCACAAUGUGCUUCUCUCUCUUGCAACUUCCUAGAUGCAGAGUUUACUCCAUAGGUAAUUCUCUGUGGGAUAGUUACUACAAGUUAGGUAGAACAACCGGUAGCAGUUCAUGUUACAGUGUUCUUUGUUCGAAAAACCACGACCUGGAACGUGAGUCCAGCAGGUGGACCAGACGAACCAUAAAAACUAAUGAAUCAGGAGCCAACAAUGACAGCUUGAUUAGCGACAAGAGUCGCAUGCAUGAGAUCAUUCCCGAGAUAUCAAAAAGCUUCAAGUCAGAAACUGCCAAGGAACAAAGGAGCAGAAAAGUAGGUAUUAGAAACAAGAUCAGUGAGAUUACAAACACUAAAUUUAGUAGGUAUAAUAAAAAACAAACAAAGGAAGUAGAAUCUGAUGAGUAUUACAUGGAGUUGGCCAAACUAGCAACCGUCAUUUGCUUCGAUAUUGAGACGACUGGCUUCGGCAGGGAAAGGGACAGGAUCAUUGAGUUUGCAUGCCAAGAUCUUAGAGGCGGUGAAAACAGCACCUUCCAAACACUAGUGAAUCCGGAGCGCGAGGUGACUAACGAUGAUAUUCACGGGAUCACGAGCGAAAUGGUUAACAGACAUGACGUGCCUAGGAUGAAGGAAUUUAUUCCUAUCUUGAUGCAGUACGUCAGAAGUCGUCAGCUACCUGGUGGAGUUGUGGUUUUUGUAUCUCAUAAUGCCCGCACUUUUGAUGUACCCUUUCUGAAGAAUGGGUUUAUUCGAUGUUCUUGUGAGAUUCCCAAAGACUGGCUUUUUGCCGACACCCUUCCUUUGGCUCGUUCCGUAAUGAAGCUGAAAGGAUCAAAAGAUCUUCCAAAAACAUCACUUCAAGCACUCCGCGAACAUUAUGGAAUUCCAUUGAUUGGGCCGGCCCAUAGAGCUUUAUCGGAUGUACACUCGCUGGCACUUAUUCUCCAGAGGUUAACAUAUGAUCUCAAGUUACCUAUGUGGGGCCUCAUUAAAGUUCAGUACAAGAUUGAAAAGCUCCGUGUUGUAGUUGGACGUGGGAUUAAAUUGAAGCACGCUUGCUUAAAUUGCGUAUUGUUCAUAUUCAUCUGUAUUCCCAAACAAGAUUCUCAUGCAUCAGAGUUUAAGGCUAAACUCAACUGCCUGAUCAUGCUUUCCUCACAGCUGCUAUUAACAACAGUGCAACGAAUAAAUCCUAUU